AUGAAAUAUCCAAUUUCCACAGCGGCUGCCAUGGCUUACAAUACUUACCAAGCUCAUCCACCAGGUGCCUUGCCAUUGUCAGCCUUCUUUGCUGCCACUCGGCCCUCGUUUUUCCCCUCGCUGGCUUUCCCAGACGUCGCCUCCCUGUCCGAGCCUCUGUCCGAGCAGGCUGCCUCUGACGCGGGGCUGCGCCCCGCUCUGGUGCGCCAGCAUCAGCCAGUUCAGCCGCGGUCCUGUAAGAGCCUGCAGACGGAGGAAGGGCUGGAAGACGACCCGAAAGUCACGCUGGAGUCCAAAAAAUUAUGGACUGAGUUUCAUAAAAUGGGAACUGAGAUGGUUAUUACGAAAUCGGGAAGGAGGAUGUUUCCGGCGUUUAAAGUGCGGGUAGACGGGCUGGUUGAAACGUCUAAGUAUAUCCUGCUGAUGGACAUUGUCGCAGUUGAUGACUGCCGCUACAAGUUUCACAGCUCCCGCUGGGUGGUGGCUGGAAAAGCUGACCCGGAGAUGCCAAAGCGCAUGUACAUCCACCCGGACAGCCCGUCCAAAGGGGAGCAGUGGAUGAGCAAGCCCGUCGCUUUUCAUAAACUCAAACUCACCAAUAAUAUUUCGGAUAAGCAUGGAUUUACUAUUUUGAAUUCAAUGCAUAAAUACCAGCCCAGAUUUCAUAUUGUGAGAGCCAACGACAUAAUGAAGCUUCCGUACAGCACCUUCCGGACUUAUGUUUUCCCGGAGACGGAGUUCAUCGCUGUCACUGCAUAUCAGAAUGAAAAGAUUACACAGCUAAAAAUCGACAACAAUCCGUUUGCCAAAGGAUUCAGAGACAUGGGAAAUGGGAGGCGUGAAAAGAGGAGUAAGCAGUUAAGCAUUUCUUCAAUGCAUGAGAGCCAAAACAAUGCGGACCCGGACUGUGCUGAUUCUGAUGACUCAUGUGAACAACCCAGUACCAGUGAUCCAUUUUAUUCCCCUCGGGAGCUGGUGAGCAGCCCUCUGAUGUCCACCCCGACCGGUCAAGGUGAGGACAAUAUUGAAAGUGAUUCAGAUAUUGAUCAACAAGACGAUGACAUUGCUGAAGCCAGCCGUUCCAGGAGUGAAUAUAUGCUUUCUUUGAGUCAGAAGAGCGAGGAGAUACUGCGGGACAGGCCUGCACUCAGUAAGAGCAACGGCAAUCAGGACACAACCAAAGAAAGAACAAUGUUUAGAUCAUCAGAUUUUAUGUUCUCCGCGGAGAGCGAUUCUUCAAAACAGCACAUGGGCGAAAUCCAAGAUGGCAUCCUGCCGAUGAUGUUGCAAACGCAGAGCUCAUCGCCCCUCAGCGCUGGUCCCUUUCAGACUUUGGAUUUCUCAAGUGCGCACAGCCAACAGUUUCUUAAGCUCGGGGCACCUUUGUUGUUUCACCCGGGACAGUUGUCGGUGAAGCCAGAGGGUAUGGGACGUCUGUUGCCUUCUUUGCCUGCAGCAGAAAACGGAGGCCUGCCUUCUCAAAGCAUCACCUCUCCAUCUCCCUUCAUGUUUCACCUUUCACAGCACAUGCUGGCAUCUCAGGGAAUCUCACUGUCACCCUUUGGAGGAUUGUUCUCCUAUCCAUACGGCUACAUGGCAGCACCAGCUCUCCCCACCUGCUCGGCAACCCCUCAGUUGGCCAGAAACCCCUGUUUCCGCAGCUCUCGGCCUUGGUUGCGAUUCAGCCCUUAUCAGAUCCCCACCUCUGCCCCCUCAAGCCAAAACCUGCUUUCAACCAGAUCAAACUCGCAAUCUGAGGUGUCCAAGUCAGGGAGCAGAGAGUCAAGUUUAGUGCCUGACAAUCGCAGUCACCAAAUCAAGGCCAAGCAGAAGACUUCGCCACCGAAGAACAUGAAGGGUUCCGCUGCAAAGCACACCUAA